AUGGGGUGCGGCUCGUCGCUCGGUAUUGGCUCCAAGGUCGCGGACCGGAACCCGCAAGAGCAAGCCAACAACGACAACUCGCCGCUCACGCCCGAGGAGAUCCGGUCGCGCAUCGUGUGCUCGGAAAAGUCGACGCGGCUUCAGCUCACACCGUCUCUCUCGAUCGAGUACGCCUUUGUGUCCCAGCGCGGCUACUACCCCGACGCGAUUGACAAGCCCAACCAAGACAGCUUCACUAUCAUCCCGAGCUUCGCGGGGGACCCGAGCAAGAUCUUCUUUGGCAUCUUUGACGGACAUGGCGCGACCGGCGACCUCUGCUCGAUCUUUGCCAAGAAGGAGGUCCCCGAGCGCUUGAUUAAGCUCAUGGCGAAAGGCACGCCGGGCAAUUUCGCCGAAAUUUACUCGGCUGCAUUCACCGACACCAACGCCAAGUUGCACACUUCGCGCAUCGACGACAGUCUCAGCGGCACGACGGCCAUCACGUGCUAUAUGGACGGCGACAUCAUCCACGUGGCCAACGUCGGCGACUCGCGCGCUGUGAUUGCUCGCAACGACCAGCCACGUAUUGUUGCCUCGCCGUUGUCGGUCGAUCAGACGCCGUACCGCACGGACGAGCGCGAGCGCGUUAAGCGGUAUGGCGCCCGUGUCUUGACAAUGGAUCAGCUAGAAGGCAUUGCGCCGAUCCACGAGAACUGGGCGACCGCUAUCAACGAAGAAGUGGACGAAGACGGCGACCCGCCCCGCGUGUGGUCGCCCACGGGCAACUUUCCGGGCACAGCGUUCACGCGCUCGAUUGGCGAUGAGAUUGCCGAGAGCCUCGGUGUCUUUGCGACGCCCGAGAUCGCGUCGCUUCAGCUCACGCCGUCGGACCGGUACAUCGUCAUUGCGAGCGACGGCGUCUUUGAGUUUCUGACCAACCAAGCCGUGGUCGACAUUAUCAAGGCGUACUCGGACCCGUUGGAGGCGUGCGAGAAGGUCGUGACCGAGUCGUACCGCCUCUGGUUGCACUACGAGCUCCGAACCGAUGACAUUACAAUCGUGUGCAUCUACUUGGACCACACGGCGUCGAGCCACGACACGGAGGCCAACAAGGAGCGGCUCCAGAGCCAAAAGAACAACGAUCUCAUUACGACCAACAUGCUCAACGACCGUGUCGCCGAGUUGCGCCCGGUGCGGCGCGGUAUGUCCAAGCAGAAGCGGCGCGACCAAAUGAAGAAGGACAUGGCCAAGAUGGUGACCGAAGAAGAUCUCAACUACAAGAUGAACGACCACGUGAUUCUCAAAUCCAAGCAAGAAAUGGACAAGAUCCAAGAGAUCACGCAGACCAAUUGGCUCUUCAAGCAGCUCACGGCGCAGCAGCGCAACGACGUCUACAAGGUCAUGGUCAAGGUCACGGUCAACGAAAACGAUGUGGUCAUUCGCCAAGGCGACCCGGGCGACCGCUUCUAUUGCGUCCAAAGCGGCGACUACCAAAUUCUCGGGCCGCUCCAAAAGAUCAUUGACAACGACCGUGCGCAGCGCGAGGCCAAGCACAACUUUCAAAUCGCCGUGAGCAACCUCCGCGAGCACAGCCCCGAGGCGAGCUCGGUCAAGAACGACGUGGCGCGUGGUCAGCUCAGCUUCAAGUGCGUCGCACAGACAAGCGAGGUCGGCACCCUCACGACGUUUGAAACGACGAGCAAAGUCCGGCUCACGGUCCGCGUCGUCUCCAAGCGACAGACCAAGGCCAACAACAAGAUCGAAGAGGUCAUGCGCGAAGCCGCGAUUCACAAGAGUAUGAAGCGACCCAUCUCGGUCGCGACGGUCCCCGUGUGCAUGGGCACGUGGACCGACGCCAACGGCCUCUACAUGGCGUUCAACUCCAACAUGGUGUGCGACAUUGCCGGGUUGAUGCUCGACGCCGAAACCAAAUUCUCGGAAGACGUCGUGCGACAGUACGCGGCGCAGCUGCUCAUUGGUCUUGAGACGCUGCACGAUGUCGGGAUUGUGUACCGCAACAUGAACCCGGAAAACAUCAUGCUCGACGACAACGGCUACGUCCAGCUGCACGACUUUCGGUACGCCACGAUAUGGAUUUGUCUUAUUGACGAUCUGCGCACGUACACGCUGUGCGGCACGGCCGAGUACACGGCGCCUGAGAUGGUGUCGGCGCAAGGCCAUAGCUUUGGCGUCGACAUUUGGGGCCUUGGCAUUCUCAUCUACGAGAUGCUCUACGGCAUCACACCGUUUGCGUGCGACGACUUGGAGAACGACAAGGACGUCGUGCUCGCUGUCUACUCGAAAAUCUCACGCUACGACCGCAAGGACCUUGAAUUCCCGGGCACGGAAGAUCGCUCGAAAGAGGUGACGGACCUCCUCUUUCAGAUUCUCAACCAGAGCCCGUACGAGCGCAUUGGGUGCCAAGGUACUAUCGACAUCAGCACGGGCGGGUCCGUCAUCCGGAGCCACCCGUGGUUUGCGUCGGUCGACUGGGUGCACGUCGCGGCCGGCGUCCAGAACGCGCCGCACGUCCAGCAGAUCCGCCAAAAAGCAGCGCAGGUGUUUGAUGCUGCCGCGCCGCUCGUGCUCGAACCGUACAACGGCGCGUCGUCUUGGUUUGACGGCUUUUAA